UUCGCGUGCUUUUUUUUCGAACGUUGUAAAGACAUGCCUAUUACGUCAAAGGUUAGCUAGGUUCAGCUUUUGAAUAUUUCAACACUAACAUAUUGGGCCUGAAAAUACAAAGAAUUGUAUUGUAUAUUAUAAGAAGGGUGCCAUUUUAAGUUUUAUGAAUCAGACGAAAAGUAAACGACCAUUGAGUCAGUUACAAAAACAUUCAUACGAAACAAAUAGGCGCCUUAGAGACAAUGUUGUCAAAGUCCAGAAGUACGAAGCACGUGAAGAGAAUUUACGAAAAAACGUAUUGGAGAGCAGACGAUGUAAAAUGAAGAAAAUGAUGGAAUAUCUAAGGAAAAGACCUGUUGAUUGUGGUGGCAAAAGGGUUUCAUCACGUUUUAACUCCACUAUAGACUACAAUGGAUCAUACUGGGAAAGUGACAACAGCUGGGCUACAGGAAAGUCGAAUUCGAAAGAAGAUGCUUCCAACCAGCUGGAGUUUGCUAUGAGUCUACUCACUCUAGGUGAAAUUCCUCGUGAAUCGGUUAAUUAUCACACGGCCUCUAAACCCCAUGACAAGAAACGAUGGAGGUGGAUUGGAUUGUGGCCAUACUAUAAUAAACAAACACUAUCAAGUGACUAG